AUGACAAGAAAGCAGGCUAUUGACUAUGCAAUCAAACAAGUUCCGCAAAUAUUGCCUUUGGAAGAGUCUGAUGUAAAAGCGCUGUGCGAACAAGUACUGAGUACAUCAUCUGAUGAUCCAGAACAAAUUGCUUCAAAAUUUUUGGAGUUCCUAGGUCAUGAAGAUCUAUCGUUUGAAUUUGUAAUGAAGUUCAAUGAAUUAUUGAAUCAGAAUGAUAAAAAAGAGGAAAAAAAAACGAAAAAUGUGCAUCUUGAACAUACUGCCCCCACUUCAUGGAAAAAUGAAUCAAAACAGCCCACUAAUAACUAUAUCAAUAAGAAGGGAGAUGAAAAACCAAAAAAAUUAAAGGAUGAGAAGAAAAGCUCGACAACGAGGCCUACCGUUCAACCAUCAAAUCAAUCUACGCAAUCAAACCCCAUAAAGGAGAAAAAAGAGCACAGAUCAAAGGGGAAAUUACAAUCGUUACAAGAAAUAGACGAAGCAAUCAAGAUGCUAGAGCUUCGAGAUAGCGGUUCUUCUAAAAAUUGUAAUUGUCAAGGUACAAGGCAUCCAGUUUUCGACAUCGCGCCAAACUGUCUUCACUGUGGUAAAGUGGUUUGUGUUAUAGAGGGAUUGAAUAAAGGUAAAUGCGGUCAUUGCCAUGAACAGUUGAUUUCUGAUAACGAAAGAACCCAAAUGGUAGAAAUUUUAAAUCAGGAAAAAAACGAACUAAACGGUUCAUCAUCGUCCUUAUCCAAUGCGUCAAAUGGAGCUAAUGUCCCAAAGAAGAAGACUAAAACCUACAAAAUAACUUCCGGUAUGGGUAAAAAUUUAUUUGCUGAACAGGACAAAUUAUUUGAUUUCAUCGAAAGGAAAAGAGAAAGAGAAAGAAAGCGUAAUGAAGUGUUGAAAUUGCAGGAGGAAAAAGAAGAGAGCGAAGCAAAGGAAAGACAAGCGAGCGAGCAUGACCAUAAAGCUGAGGAAAACCCGGAGUUGUUAGCAGCACAAGAACGAUUAGAUAGACUUUUAUAUUUCCAAGACACUUCGGCAGAAAGAACAAAAAUUAUUGAUAAUGCCAGCGAUUUUGACAUGAAUCAGGAGGUGGGUUUAUGGGGCAGCGCAAGAGAAAGAGCUCUUGCGUUGAAGAAGCAACAACGUAAUUUGAGAAAGUGGGAAAAAGUAGAAAAGGAACGGAAUGGCAGGCGCGAGAAGUACGUUGUUAGCAUGAAUAUAGGUUCAAACGGUAAAGUUACUAUGACAGAAGUCCCUAAGGAUACAGAGAACGUAAUUGCAGGUUCAGAUGAUGACAUCAGUGAUAUAAGUGACGAAGAAGAUAUCAGCGACCUUAAACAUAUACACGCUCUGAAAAGUGAAAUAAAUACAACGAAAUCCUUGGAGAAUUUGCAUUUACAGUCCAAAGCAUGGGAUUACGAACGUGAUAAAAAACAAUUCGAUAGGCCUACGUAUGUGAAAAAAAAUUCAGAUACUGCACAACAGAAUAGAAAAACGGAAGAAAAGGCUCACGACAUGCAAGCUUAUGAUUUAAAGUCAAGAGUACAAGUGGACCAAAAUGCAGACGCAUCAGUAGAACAGAAUAUUCUUGCUGUACUUUGA